ACCCCCCACAAAAAAACCGUGUGAAACCGGCUCUUAACCUUUGACUCCACCUACACAUUCUUCACUCCAUUUAAACCCCCACCCCACCCACAUAAUCACAUGAUCACCACCCCCACAAACAAAACAUGUUCACCGGAAAAUCAAGAUCCAACAAUCUCUCAACAACAUGGGUAAAAAUCUCAAUCUUAUUCCUCCUAACUCUUUCAACCCCCACCGUUAACUCCGACUCACGUGCCACUCCCGCCGGCAACCUCACGUGCGGGACCGGUCGAGCAACAACCGUAGGAUUCAUCCCAACAUUCGUACGAGCAAUGGAACGACUCUCCAGCAACCUCAACAACUCCAACAACAACUUCGCCGUAACAAACGUAACCGAACCCAACUCACCCCCGUUUUUCGCCUUAAUCCAAUGCCACCGUGAUCUUUCCCGCACCGACUGUCUCGUCUGCUACGCCGUCAGCCGUACCGCCGUCCCCGCCUGCCUUCCUCGUACCUCCGGCAGAAUCUUCCUCGACGGAUGCUUCGUUCGGUACGAUAAUUACAGUUUCUUUCAAGAAGCUGUGGACCCAGUUACAGAUGCCAGAAAUUGUAGUAGUUCCAGUUUGGUGGGUGAUAAUAAUAACAAUAAUAAUAAUUGGGGUGAUUUUAAUAGGAGUGUGGGGGAAUUGGUGGAGAAUGUGACGAAAUUAGCGGUGAAUAAUAGUGGGUUUGGGGUUUUAGGGGUGAAUGGGGUGUAUGGGUUGGCACAGUGUUGGGAGAGUUUGAGUAAGGAGGAGUGUAGGGAGUGUUUGGAUAAGGGGAAAAGGGAGGUGGUGGGGUGUUUGCCAAGUAGAGAAGGGAGGAGUAUGAAUGCUGGGUGCUUUUUGAGGUAUUCUACACAUAAGUUUUACAAUGAUGGUGAAGAUGCUGGUGGGGGUACUUCUGGGCUUUCUAGUCCAGGAGCCAAAGUAGCUGUUGUAUUGGCUGCGGUUGCUUUCCUCAUGAUCACAUCUUUUGCUGGUUAUGCAGCGUAUAUAAGAAUAUCAAAGAUUAGAGAAGAGCGGAAAAACAUGGGAAUGCUAUCGAAUUCGUUUAACAAGUCCGGAUUGAAGUACAAAUACGAAACGCUCGAGAAAGCGACAAAUUACUUUGAUAAUUCAAAUAAGUUAGGUCAAGGGGGAGCGGGUUCAGUCUACAAAGGAACUCUUCCGAAUGGAGAUGUUGUCGCGGUGAAACGAUUGUUUUUCAAUACGCGACAAUGGGUGGACGAGUUCUUUAAUGAAGUCAAUUUGAUCAGUGCAAUUGAACACAAGAAUCUUGUCAAGCUUUUGGCGUGUAGUAUCGAAGGCCCCGAGAGUCUUUUGGUUUAUGAAUAUGUUCCAAAUAAGAGCCUUGAUCAUUUCCUUUUCGACAAGGAUAAAGUACAGAUUUUAAGCUGGAAGCAGAGGAUGGCGGUGAUUCUAGGAACAGCCGAAGGGUUAGUUUAUCUUCAUGGAGGGUGUCAUGUAAGAAUUAUCCAUCGGGACAUUAAAAGCAGCAACAUUCUUCUUGACAAAGAUUUUUCUCCUAAGAUCGCGGAUUUUGGUCUCGUGAGAACUUUCGGGGCUGAUAGGAGUCAUCUUACCACCGGAAUCGCUGGAACUUUAGGUUAUAUGGCACCUGAAUACAUAGUCCGAGGACAACUUACCGAAAAAGCCGAUGUUUUUAGUUUUGGAGUCGUGGUUCUUGAAAUCGCGUGUGGUAAAAGAAACAAUGCCUUUGUAGAAGAUACCGGCUCGCUUUUGCAAACCGUUUGGAAGCUAUACAAAGAAGGCGUUGUGUCGGAAGCCAUCGAUCCGUUACUAAAAGGUGAAUUUCCCGAGCACGAAGCGUUGGAAGUGAUGCAGAUCGGGCUUCUGUGCACACAAGCGUCUGCGGCCUUACGGCCAUCAAUGCCCGAAGUGGUCGAGUUUUUGACGACAAAACCCGAAGACCGGCAGACCCCAAUCCCGAUCCCGCAUCAACCGCCAUUUUUAAAUGCUCGGUCUCUCAUGUCUCAAGGGCUAACCAACUCGACUUCUGGCCCGUUGACCAAGGUCGGUUUGUCGUUUACAAACACCAACACAUCACGGUCGUCUACUACGCCAAGCUCAGAAUGGCCGUUACGAAUCGAUGAAUUGAGCUCGAGUUAGCUCUUUUUUUCGGCCCAUAAGUUUAUAUUGAAAAAAAAAAGAGAGGAUUUUUUUUUAUUGGAUUUGAGGGUAAAUCUUGUGAGGGGUUUGGGGGGAACUUGUGCAUAUUCUAUGACAAAGUCUAGGUUCACAUUUUCUUGUUUUUUGAUUAUUUUUUCUUAUGCAAAUAUUUAGCAUAUCUUUGUAAGGGAGUUUUGUGAAUUUUAUUAAGAAAUUAAUCUAAUAAAAAGUUUGGUUAUGUUUA